CGUAUACCUACACGUCGGAGAGGGCCUUUCGGCGAACAACCUGGGCAUCCUCUGGCAGCUGGCCCAGUACCUUGGCGCGCUGGAGGCGGAGGGCUACCACUGGGCUGCCAUGGGCGACUGGAACAUGGAGGCGGACGUCCUGGACUUCGGCUGGGUCCGAAAGCUGCGUGCGCAGAUUCGGGUCGCAGACGCCUCCACCUGCAGGCAGGGCAGGGGCUCCAAUAUUGACUACUUUGUGGUGUCCAAGAGCCUGGCGCGCUUUGCGGCGGCGCCUCCGCGGCUGGACAGGGGUGCCAGCACGUGGCCCCACUGGCCCGUCCACCUGCCACUGCAGUCGGUGCGAGUGGAGGCGUGGCAGCAGGUACUCGACGAGCCGAGGGCAGUUCCUAGGGGGCCCGCCAAGCCUGGCUGCGCCCGCGGCCCCUGGCGCUGGACGGGGGUGAUGCGCUGCGUCCAGGCCGCGCACGACGACCAAGGCCUGCAGAUCAUCUGGGACCUGCUGUUGGAGGGGGUCGAGACGGAGAUCCUCAACAGGCGGGACUUGGUGGGGCCCGCCCGCCGCACCUUCGCAGGGCGUGGCACGCAGGGGGUGGCUGCUGGCUUGAAAUGGGAGUUGGCGCAGUGGAGGCCACCCCAGAAGCGGAAGCUGCGGGGGCCAGAGGCCCAUGCCUGGGCGGCGCUAGCUGGGUGGGCGUCCGAGCUCCUCAGCAAGCGGGGCCGCCUGGCCAAGCUGCUGGCAGCCCUGGACAGCCACAGACACGAAGAAGGCAGAGAGGCGGCGGCGGCGAGGGACAAGUGCAUGAAGUCGAUCGCGGCCACCCUGGCGCACCUCAGGAUGUUCCUGGCGGACGUCGAGGGCCAUGUUCACUGGAGUAUCCUGCCGCCGUGGGCACAACGGCCUUUCCGAACCGAUGCCAACUGGACAGAGGCCGACUUCGAGCGGGACCUCAAGCGUGCGCUGGCUGAGGCGAAGGGGAGGCAUCGGAAGUUGGUCCAGGCCGGCGAGGCCCGCUGGAAGGAGUGGGUGGAUGAUGCCUUCCUGGGUGGCGCUGGCGCGGUGCGCGCGACCUCCAAGGUACCUGUGCUUCAGGAGGUACUGCCCGCGCUGCAGGAGAAAGGCUCGGCGGCCUUGGUGGACAGGGAGAUGAAGCCGUGGAUCGACAUCUGGAACUACCACGGCCUCACCAGCAUGGAGCUGCCGAGCGACGCGCACACGGCGCUGGAGGAUUUUUCCGACGACGCCCUGCACGUCAUGACCGCGGUCAACCACAAGUGCGAGGAGCUCCUUGCGUGGCCGAGUGGCCGCCUCAUCAACACCAUGGUGAGGCUGCCCAAGCCUGACGGGGGCUGCAGGCUGAUCGGCCUCAUGCCGACCUUGGUGGGAGUGUGGAGUCGAGCGCGAAGGCCGAUCACCAAGGCCUGGGAGCUCGCCCACCCCUCGUCCCUGGUCUGGGGCACGGGCCCUGGACGCUCGAGCUCUGACUCCGCGUGCGAGCUGAACCUGGCCAAGGAGCAGGCUCGCCUCGGCGGCUGGGAUUCCGCCCAGGUUGCCCUUGACCUCUGGAAGGCCUACGAGGUGGUGGCGCCUGAGGCUGGCGUGGAUGCUGCUGUGAGCACCUAUCGGCAGCCACGGACGCUGGCGGCGUUCAACACUACGUCGGACCUCUUCGUGGCCUGGCAGGGGAACAUCGCAGGUUGCGGCAAUGCCAACUCGCUGCUGCUGCUGGUGCUCACGCUCCGUGCGCUGCAGCGGGCGCAUUCCACUGCGCCGUCGGUGACGCCGCGCGGCCCUGUGGACGACGUCACCCUGGACUGGGGUGGACCACGUGGCGUGCCUGACGACAGCCUGUCCGAGGCGCUCAGAAGUUUCUCGUCGAGCAUGGUGGAGCUCAGGCUUGUCAUGCAGCCGCAGAAGUGGGGGUACCUGGCUUCCGCCAGGCGGAGGGCGCGGCUGCUGGCGCCCUCCAUGCGGAGCGAGGGCCUCGCUGAGGAGUUCUGGGUGCGCAACCUAGGGCACGAGCUCCACGGGACGUUGGCGGCGGUCACGGCGGGGGCCAAGGCGGGCUGUGGCACCGCCGCGGUCAUGCUGCUGCAGCGGCGCGUGGGCUACGACCCCAUCUACGUGGCCACCGCCCCGCUGGUGAUGCGCUUGGCCAGCCGCAUCUGGGAGGGCCGAGGCUCCCUUGCCAGCCUGAGCGCUAGCUGGGGGAAGCUGGCUGAGGCGGUGCGAGCGGGCACUUUGUCUUGGGCUACGGCGCACGGCCCGCUCGGGGCCACGUGGCUCACGCUCGGCCGCAUCGGCUGGACUAUGGCAGCAGCGUGGGCCCUGCAGACCGACCUGGGCGAGACGCUGUCCAUGCUGCGGGUUGCCCCUCGGGGCAUCAGGGACGCGCUGGUGGAGGGCAUCCAGCGCUGGCAGUGCAGGCGGCUGGUGGCCCACCUGCCCGAGGGCCAGGGCGAGACCCCUUGGCCUAGGGCCGUCCGUGCCAUGGCGAGCAGGGCACGGCCUGCGGCGGAGCUGGGGGCCAUCCAAGCGGUGUGGGCAGGAGGGCACUUCACCAACGCCUGGAGGCACGCCCACGGCUAUGCCGACUCCGACCUGUGCCAGGCCUGCGGGGGGGGCAAGGACACGCUGAUGCACAGGUGGUGUGCAUGUCCUGCACUCAUGGUGCCGCGGGACGACGAGCUGGAGCAUGAGGAGCCGCUCCGCAAGCCGAUCGUGGCGAUGCGCCACCAGCUGGAGGAAGCCGAGCAGAAGUGGACCAUCGGGGUUAGCGAGCUGCCGCUGGCGUGCGGCCUGCCGCUGCUGCCAGCGAUGCCGCCGCCCGCGCCGUCGGACAACGUGGUCAUCGAGUGGGGCGCCACGCAGGAGGGGUGGCCGUCGGUGGUCUACACGGAUGGUUCAGGGCACGCCUCCCGAGUCCCUGAGGCGCGCAGGUGUGGGUGGGCUGCGGUUGCCGUCAGGUCUGACGGGCUCCCCCUCAUGGCGGCCUACGGUCCGCUGCCUGGGCCGCGCCAGACAGUGGGGGGGGCGGGGCGGCACGCGGGCCUUGCGCCGCUGGCGCAGGCGGGCUCCGUCCAGGUCAUCGUCAGGGACCUGCAGGCCCUAGUCGCGGAGGGCAGCGGCUGGUCCCCGGCGGCGCAGUCGGCCAGAGCAAGGCGCGCCAGCAUCUGGUGCCAGCUCCACGCGGCCGCGGCGAGGCGCGAUGGGCCACCGCCGCGCUUCCGCUGGGUGCCUGCCCACCGCAGCCUCCAGCAAGCGCUGGCCGAGGGCUUGCGGCCCCUGGACUGGCUUGGGGGCUGCUGGGCGGACUUCUUCGCCAACCUCGGCGCCGCGGAGACCAGGCUGCCGAACAACACGGUGGAGGCGCUGCACGCGGAGCUCCAGCGCGCCCUGGACACGGCCACGUACCUGGGCUGGGCGGCGGCGCGCAUCUGCCAGCUGGACCUGUGGAGGCCUCUCGGGGAAGACGACAGACUCCAGCGCCGACAGGUCUGGGGGGAGCCAGCUGCCCCGAAGCUCAGCCUCACGAGGCACGAGUACCAAGCCACCAGCUCAUACGGGGUGCAAUGCGUGCACUGUGGGCGCGAGGCCUACACGGCCAAGGCACGGACGCUGCUGGAUUGCAGGCCCUGGCAGCCCACGGAGCUGGGCAGGAUGCGGGCCCGCUGCCGUCAGGGUCGGCCGCUGGCGAGCUCUGCGGCGGUCAACGCGAGCCGGCAGGCGGCUGAGCGCCUGGAGGAGGAGGAGCUCCUGCCCACGAAUGGUGCGCACACCGCGGCGGAAUGCUGGAGGAGGACGAUGCAGCAGAAUAUCGACUACUUGCUGGAGGCGGCCAAGG